GGCGCCUGUGGAGUGCGGAGAGGAGGCCUUGAGUGGUGCACGCGGGUGGCCCGGGCCAAAGUUGCGUUUUGGCUGCAGUUUCACGGUCAACGUCAGCCGGUCUGGCGGCACCCACCGGCCGAUUUAAUGAGCUCGAUCGACGUUAUUGACUUAAAUGGGUGCCGGGGAACGCGUUGCUGCCCUCACUCGGUUCAACUUCGCUGCGUUCAUCGCUGCGCGUGACACAAAAUCCUGAAGCGCGCCGGAGAUUCGGGGUCGGAGCUGAGUUACGGUAUCUUGGGGUUUAUAAGACCCGUUCGAAAAGCAGGCGGCGAUCCCAUGAGCCGCAAGCGGACCACGCUGCCGGACGCCUUCCGCGCUAAGAGGUCGCGCCCGGCGGUCGAGAGUAGCGGGGACGCCGAGCUGUGGGGAGCCGACGGCGCGGACCUUCCCAUCGAUGAGGUGCCAAACGACACCGAGGCUGCGCUGCGCUACCUGGCCGAUCUGUUCCCGCGCAAGCUGUUCGAGGACCGGCUGCCACCCAUCGUGCUCCAGCACCAGCUCUACAGUGUGCUGAGCGACCGCACGGCCGCCGACCGCCAGCUGAACGAGCUGCGCGAGCGCGGGAAGGUUUGCGUGUUUGCGCUGGGCGUGGGCGAGCAGACGUCGGCCGUCGUUUUCCGCGCCGACUUCGAGGAGCGCGUGCGAGCGGCGGUACGAGGACGCCCUUGGGAGGCGGUGGCGGUGCGCUUCCUGGACGAGGUGGUGGGCGCCGCGCAAGGCCCCGCCGUGUCCCGCGCUCGCCUGCUUCACGACCUCUCCUUCCGCGAUGCCGACAUCACGCGGCUCGUGAAUGCUGGGCUGCUCACGGUGCGAGAUGUGGGCAGCUGGUGGCUUUCCAUCCCUGGCCUCGGCAAGUUCAUCAAACAUCUCACCAGAGGCCGCAAGGCGGUGCUGGCUGCAAUCCGCAAGUCACGCUGCGGUGAGCUGCUGCAAGCGGACCUGGAGGCGCGCACCAUGCGUACGGCCGGGCAGCUCGGCCUCCCCUACCUCGUGCACGACGCCGUGGGUGCGCAGGCCGUCAAGCGGAUCGUGACGACGACAGGAGCUCUGCUGCGCGUGGAGAACGAGUGAGGCCGCUGGCGCGUUCCGACACGGUGACCGUCGUCUCGUCGCUCUGCUACAGCUUGGCUCGUGGGAGAUGUCGGGGAAAAUUCUACGCUUGAUUUUGCACAAUAACCGCAGAGCCAAGUCGAGAGGAGCACUUAAAACAUUCUCGAUGUCGGGAAUCCUCAAAGGAACUCCACUGGGUUGGCCGGUGCACAGCUUUUUGCGUCUUGGGCUGUGACGCAGCUACCGCCAGAGGCGACACCACGCAACGAGCGUCGUCUGCUUGGGUCUUGGCGCUAACGGCGCAGCGCCGUUAUUUUUUUGCCACUUACUCGUGCGCGAGUGAAGCCAAACGGACGGGGAAUGAGACACGUGUCUCUCCGGAAAGCACUUUAAUGGAGGUGACGGGUUACAAUGGCUCCGGGGAAUAAAACGUUUGGACGCAA